UGGCUGUUCUCGGGCUGUGGUCACCCCUCUCAAACGAGCGCACGACCAGUCUAAAACUCAUUUAUUUUGUCUUUAGACGUUCCAUACUGUGCUUAGCGCUUCAUUUUUAUCACAUAAAUAUUUCCAUGCGUCGUCUGCAUGCGAAAGAAGCCGGCAGGUUUUCCAUAGUCAACCGGAGCCAAUCAAGAGAACCUCCCGCUGAACCAGUGCGCUUCUACGAAUCGCUACAGGUGGGGCACAAAGGGCAGGAGCCUGGCUUGACGGGCCGAGGGGGCAAGCAUGCAGAUGGAGCAGUACCAGGUGGUGAGCUCGGUCGGGGCAAGCCCCUCGCAGGGGCAGCCUCUGGCUGUGGCCGCCACUGACCAACAGCAGCAGCAGCAGGUGGCUGUCAUGCAGUCCCUCUCGGGGACGCCCAUUGCCCAUGUCACUACUGCACAGCCACAGGUGCUCCAAGUCUCCCAGGGCAAUGGCCAGACUCAGCUGUUGCAAGCAGGCGGCCAGCAGAUCAUGGUGCAGACAUUGCCAAAUGGCCAGACUGCUGCCAUUCAGAUACAAGGCCAGCCAGGCCAGCAGAUACCGCAGCUUCAAGUGAUCCCCAUCAGCCAGCUCCAGGGCCAGCAGGGCCAGCAGAUCAUUAUCCAGCAACCCCAGCAAGGCCAAAUUCUGCAAACAUCAGACGGACAAACGCUCGUGUACCAGCCUGUCACAGUCGAUGGCACCAACUUUGUGCAGGGCCCUGGAGGCAUAAUCCAGAUUCCUCAGGGUGCGCCACAAAUGGUGCAGGCAGCGCAGGCAACACCACAGACCAUAACCCUGCCAUCCUCUGUGGGUGGAGGAAACAUUGUCAUGUUCCAACAGGUGAUGCCCAACCAUAAUGCCGUGGCGGCAGCUCAGGCAGCGAAUGCCGGGGCAGCAACGCUGCAGGCAGUACAACGCAUCCCGCUGCCAGGAGCCACCACAACCACCACGACCGCUCCUGCUGACGUAGUGGAAGAGGAGCCCCUGUAUGUCAAUGCCAAGCAGUACCAUCGCAUCCUUAAGCGACGCCAAGCCAGGGCACGACUUGAAGCCGAAGGACGCAUACCCAAGGAGCGGAGGAAGUACCUACACGAGUCGCGGCACCGGCACGCCAUGAACCGGAUCCGCGGCGAGGGUGGGCGAUUUCAUUCGGGUAGCUCGCGCAAGGAUCAUGGAGAGAACUCGCCUGGUGAUGCUGGCAGCAACCACAACUCCGUGGAUGGCUCCUCACAGCACGAUGACGUCUCUAACGGGCUUCACUCCCUUGAGGUACUCGAGAACCAAUCGUCAAAGUACACCUUCACUGUGCAGAAUGGUCUCAUCAACGUGAUGCCCUCAGAACUUAUGGUCGCGAGUGGAGAUUCAAACUGACAGCCGGUGACCAGCAGCAACCAUCAUCAAAACUUUGUCAUCAUCAUCAUAAUCACCGUCAUCACUCAACCUUCGCAUCUGUACAAAGGACACCACGCCUGGCAUUCAGAAUGCAUUGCAACCAUAUGUACAUAUCUCAAAAAGAAGCUACUGACAUUGUCGACGAAAGACAGACAUUUGAUGCUGCCACGUGUGUGUUUGACACCUCGACAACUGCUUAUGAUAGUUUGCUUGGACUGUGUGUGGCGGUUGGUGAAAGUCUAGCAGUGCAAGUGCUCCCCUGUUUCCCUCUGUGCCGAUCAUAGUGCAGCAAACUAUACGUAUUGGUUUGUUUCUCGAUAAUUUUAUAUUUUCUGAGAUAACUGUCUUGAAUUUGUUUUGUGUGUACAGCAUGCAGGGUUGCAGUAUACUGAAAACAUAUCAAUGCCAACGCAUUAGUGGAAAUGUGUUUUUGGGUAAGAUUCCAAAUUUGUGAUUGCCGAUGAAGUGUAUUUGUGUGCUGUAAUUCAAGAACUGAAAAAUUACUUGCAAGGUCAGAAAAUGUACAAACAAUUAAAGUACUACUUUUCUUUUCUAUUGAACACAUGAACAUUCGCUCUGCCUGUUGCAAUCGUUUUGUGCUCUGAGCCUACAGCUACUUUACGAUCAUGUCAAUGAAGCACGAAGUCCAGUUGAAACGAUGGAAUUCUGCACCAAGAGAGCUUGAAAGUUGCGUGUUGUGUGAAAUGCUGGGUAUUUUGGUACCACACUAACGCGCUAGCGCCAUUGCUGUUGUGUUAGACCUCAUUUGCAUGCAAGUGUGAAAGUGUGUGACAGUAAACGUGCAUAUAUAAACUUCUCAAUAAGAAAGCAAGCAUGCUACAGUCUGGGUUUUGUUUUUAAUGAGUUGCUUGGAAAAGUCAAUGCGUGUCGUGCACACAUUUAGUUGUUUGUGCUCUGAUAACAGCAGCAUUUUGUUUGCGCUGGCUAAAAUUAUUGUAAGUUCUAGACAGGUUAGUAUGGUCCAUGUACCUUGUCUUUUCAGUGCUUGACGUUGCCCUUUUAAGCAAAAGGCGCAAUGGGUAAAUGCCAUUGAGAGGAUGGAAAUCGAAGUGUUGUCCUGUGUGAUUUGUUUCAGUAGUGAAAUACAGGCCUGUGCCUAAUUCCAAGCAAGCAAGCACACGCUAAUGCAAGCUUUGUACAUAUACGCUGGGAAAUAGUUAAACAAGUGCCAGUAUGCUUUUUCUGUUUUUUUUAAUAAUGAAAUGAGUAGAGAGGCGAGUUUUACACUGUUUUACGAGUGAAGGUAUACUUCAGCAAUGCCUUUCAUUUAAGUCACUUUGGUCAUUUGUUAAUGGCAUGGGCAAUUUAUUUUCCGGAAGAAAGCUCCCGGGAGUUGUUGAUGCCACUUGUUCACAUCACCAACAGAACUGGUACUUAAUGCAAUGAAAUGCCAUGCAAAUUGUACGUCUGCUGAAGUGUUUCAAAAGUCACCGUGGUCAUCUGUUUAUGGCAUUGGCAAUUUAUAUUCUGGAAGAAAGCUUCCAGGAGUUGCUGAUACCACUUGUUCGCAUUAUCAACAGAACUGGUACUUAAUGCGAUGAAAUACCAUGCAAACUCUACAUCUCCUGAGGUGUUUCACACUGGUUUCAAUUAGAGCUGCUCAGCGAAAUUGGGCCAGCAUACGUAUUGUGUGGUUUUAGCCAUCACACUGUGAUGCCUAAAGUUAAAUGUUAUGCCAACUAACAUAUGCACUUUUGUAGUUGUACGAAUGGAAAUAUGUUCCCUCUACUGAUCAUACGACGUGCAAGUUGUUCUUAAUUUUGUGUUGUACUGUUGCAGUAGCCUGAAAUGUGUGCUUGUUACAAUUAAAUUUCUUAUUGACGAC